GGUUACAGCUAAAAAAGCAACUGACAGUUUAAGCAAAACACUUCGAGUGUCUUCUAGUUUGUAUCAUGGCAAGCCCAAAGCAGCCAUCAGAUACCGAGGAAGCUCUACCCAAAGAAAUGGCUGAGAUGCUUUUAGAUGAUCGUGAUCUUUCAACUGUCAUGGAACAAAUGUGGGAAGCCAGAGAAAAGUGGUAUAACAUCGGUUUGAAUUUCAAGAUGCCGCAUUCCCAGCUGGAUGUCAUUAAAAGUGACGCUAAAAAGAUAGAUGAAAUGUUCACAGAGAUGAUAAAGCAGUGGUUACAAGCGGGGGACUGUUGCAACUGGAAAACGGUCUAUGAUGCGCUAAAAAGUCCAAUUGUUGGGAAAGUGUCUACUGCAGACAAGAUCCUGAAUUGGUUGAUAAAAGGUCAGCAAAUAAUCCAAUUAUGUAUUUUUAUGUAUCGAUUUUUCUAAUGCAGGGUCACAGGAUAGUGCAACAAUUACUGUUAGAAAUGGUCCAGAAUGUCCCUCAGUCAUCUAUGGGGCUACAGCUGCAACGAAAGAUUGUGCCUAUUUUGCAAGUGGUUUUAAAGUCCAUGAAUUUGAUUUGACAUCGAAAGUAUUGGAGUGAAUUUGAAUGCCCCCAGGAGUCGGCUGGACUUGCUGCAGUAGAAAAUGAACUGUUCUUGGUUGGGGGGUUGGACACAUCGGGAGUUCCUACAAAUAAAGUUGCAUGUUUCUCGCUUGAAAAGAAGACAUGGGAAGAAAAAUUUCCCCCCAUGAGCACCCCUCGAGCUAAUCCACAAGUUGUUGUUGCUGGAAAAUAUCUGAUUGCAUUAGGUGGGAGCGUUGACAAAGAAGGACCUGCAACACGCUCUGUAGAAGUUUUGAAUCGUGAAAAGCGAUGCUGGUAUACCAAUGAUAACAUUAGCCUACCAGAAGAGCUUAAAUAUAUGAAGUGGUUGUCUGCAUGCAUUUGUGACAAAGAUAUUUAUGUUGCCGCAAGGCACGUUGAUCCCGAUUUUUAUAACACAAUGUCAAAGUUUGUUGAUAAUGAAGAUGAUAUCAAUAUGGAGCAUACAGAUGAAGAGAGGCACUUUUACCAUCUUGAUCCUGAGCCAUACCCAUGCUAUUCCCUCUUUCGCUGCCCUGUGGGGGUUUUAAUAGAAGCUGCAGAGGAGGCAAAGAGUGAAAGUAAAAAGAACCUUUGGCAGAGAAUAGAACACCCUCAUCCUUCGGUUUAUGAAAAUGGCGACGAACAAUUAAGCGAACACAAUGAUCACAUAUUUAAUAGUCUGCAAUUUCCAGAAGAAGCUGACCCACAAGAAGAAUUGGACGAUUUGCGAACUGAUUACAACUGCUACGGAGUCUGUCGCUUUACACUUUGUUGCAUCAAUGAUAGUCUUAUUGCUGUUGGGUGCAAACACGUGGAGUCAAUUUCCCACGAAAAUCUGAAUGACACACUUUUUGACGCAUAUCGAUCCUAUAGAGAGGUUCAAGAAGAACUAUUUCAACCUUUCAUUGGUGGAGGGGAUGCCAAUACACAAGUGUAUGUUGACUAUGAAACAAUAGAUGAAAAAUGCCACAUCUACGUUUACAAUACUGAAGAUUCUUGGAAGCGUGUAAAAAGCACCCCUCGCAAUGGAACAAGUGACAAGCAACCUUCUGUAGCCGUCAUUGAUAACAAACUAGUCGUAGUGCGUAACUCUAAAACUGUGCAUGUUGUUACUUUUGCCUAAGUGCUUUGUAUACCCCAAACGUUCAGCUUUUAGUCACGUUGUAUUCCACUUAUACCCAGCACAUCUCUUAAAAAGACGGUCUUUAAUAAUUUCUCGUAGCCCAACAACAUAUCCCAAACAUUCAGCUUUCAGUCAUGUCGUAUUCCACAAAAAUUAUACACGCAGCAAAUCACUUAAAAAGACAGUCUUUAAUUUUGCAUUUGUCACAGCCCAACAAUAAAUGUGCACCUUAUCAGUGACCUCACCUAUGAAUAGCCCCCCCAUGACGUACGUAACCACACACACC